GAGAACCUGGCUUUCCUUUGUGGUUUCUUCACCUCCGCCCCUCUAGCUUGGUUUACAGGGCUUCCUGCCCCAGCACUUGGCAAGCGGCACUGAGCUCUGAACCAUGGCGCUGAAUGCCCAUCUGCACAGCCUCCUGGUCUUGUUGGUGGCAGGCCUAGCCUCAGGCAUGAGGGACUCCUUGGAGGCCCAGGACCCAGGUCCCCGGCCGCUAGAGCUAAAAGAAGUCUUCAAGUUGUUCCAGAUCCAGUUCAACAGGAGUUACUCAAACCAAGCAGAGUAUGCUCGCCGCCUGGACAUCUUUGUCCACAAUCUGGCCACAGCUCAGAGGUUACAAGAAGAGGAGUUGGGGACAGCUGAGUUUGGGGUGACUCCAUUCAGUGACCUUACAGAGGAAGAGUUUGGCCAGCUGUAUGGGAACAGGAGGGUAGCCAGGAAGGACCUCAGGGUGGCCAGAAAGGUAAGCUUUGACAAGCAGGAGGAGCUGAUGUCCCAAAGCUGUGACUGGAGGAAGGCCCAUAUCAUCUCACCAGUCAAGAACCAGGGAAACUGCAGGUGCUGCUGGGCUAUCGCAGCAGCAGGCAACAUCGAAGCCAUGUGGAACAUCAGAUACAAAGUGUCUGUGACACUCUCUGUGCAAGAGCUGCUCGACUGUGCCCGCUGUGAGGAUGGCUGCGCGGGUGGCUACAUCUGGGACGCGUUCAUUACUGUCCUCAACUACAGUGGCCUGGCCAGUGAAAAGGACUACCCAUUCCGGGGGCAUGCCAACAUCCAUAAGUGCCUGGCAUCGAACUACAGGAAGGUGGCCUGGAUCUACGACUAUAUCAUGCUGCCUCGAGAUGAACAGGGGAUUGCCAGGUAUGUGGCCACGCAGGGCCCCAUCACUGUGAUCAUCAAUUCAAAGAUAUUGCAGCAUUACAAGAAGGGUAUAAUCAAGGGCACAUCCUCUAAAUGUGACCCCUGGUUUGUGGACCAUUACGUCCUGCUGGUGGGUUAUGGCAGAAGCAAAGCAGAGGAGGAGAAAUGGACGGAGACAGACUUGUCCCAUUCCAACCGUCCUCCUCGCCAUUCCAUCCCCUACUGGAUCCUGAAGAACUCCUGGGGGGCCAACUGGGGUGAGGAGGGCUACUUCCGAUUGCACCGAGGGAGCAACACUUGUGGCAUCACCAAGUACCCAAUCACAGCCCGUGUAGACAAUUCAGCUAAGCAGCAGCCGGUCUCCUGCCCGCCCUGAGCCUCUCCCACACGCCAGCUGCCUCCCCACUGCCCCAUCCCCUUCGUUGUUCUCCCAAGAUUCUCUAAACCAUGUGAAUAAAUCAAGGCAAGGCUUCUGCUGCCCAAGUGGA